AUGGACGAACAGUGUCGCUUCGACUUCGGAGUCGGAUACAAAAUCUGCACAUCCGUAAGUUUGGUCGCAAACAUAGAGAGAGAGAGAAAUUGAAUUUAAUUGAGAGAGAGAGAGAGAGAGAGAGAGAGAGAAGAGAGAGAGAGAGGAGAGAGAGAGAGAGAGAGAGAGAGAGAGAUGCGAGAGAGAGAGAGAGAGAGAGUCGAGAGCAGAGAUGAUGCUAGUACCGGUUCUAUCUGCUUGCUCGAUCAUUCUCUCUCCGUCCGCUCCGCUCUGAUCUGCAUCGCUCUCGACUCUCUCUCUCGUAUCUCGACUCUCGCUAGUCUCUCUCCUCGUCGUUCUUUAGCUCAUAGCUCAUUCUCUCAGUGAGAGAGAGAGAGGACUCCCUUCCGAUCAUAUAUCCCUUUGAAGAGCAGAGAAAUGCUGCUAAAUGUGUUGGAAGGAAAUACACAUGAGUUGCUCCCUCCUUUACUGCUAUAACAGCCUCCACUCUUCUGGGAAGACUUUCCAUUAGAUUGACCCAGAAGAGAGCAUUAGUGAGGUCGGGCACUGAUGUUGGGCGAAUAGGUCUGGCUCGCAGUUUGGCUUCCAAUUCAUCCCAAAGGUGUUCGAUGGAGUUGAGGUCAUGGCUCUGUGCAGGCCAGUCAAGGUUUUCCACACCGAUCUUGACAAACCAUUUCUGUAUGGACCUCGCUUUGUGCACGGGUGCAUUCUCAUGCAGAAACAGGAAAGGGCUCUCCCCAAACUGUUGACACAAAGUUGGAAGCGCAGAAUCGUCUAGAAUGUCAUUGUAUGCUGUAACGUUAAGAUUUCCCUUCACUGGAACUAAGGGGCCUAGCCAGACCCAUGAAAAACAGCCCCAGACCAUUAUUCCUUCACCAUGCUGUACAUUUUAGUCAUUUAGCAGACGCUCUUAUCCAGAGAGACUUACAGUUAGUGAGUGCAUGCAUUUUCAUACUGGCCCCCCGUGGGAAACGAACCCACAACCCUGGCGUUGCAAGUGCCAUGCUCUACCAACUGAGCUACAGGGGACUACCAGUUGGCACAAUGCAUUGGGGCAGGUAGCGUUAUCCUGGCAUCCGUUAAACCCAGAUUCAUCCGUUGGACUGCCAGAUGGUGAAGCGUGAUUCAUCACUCCAGAGAUUGCGUUUCCACUGCUCCAGAGUCCAAUGGCGGCGAGCUUUACACCACUCCAGCUGAUGCUUGGCAUUGCGCAUGGUGAUCUCAGGCUUGUGUGCCGCUGCUCGGCCAUGGAAACCCAUUUCAUGAAGCUCCUGACGAACAGUUAUUGUGCUGACGUUGCUUCCAGAGGCAGUUUGGAACUCGGUAGUGAGGGUUGCAACCGAGGACAGUCGAUUAUUACACACUACGCGCUUCAUCACUUGGCAGUCCCGUUCUGUGAGCUUGUGUGGCCUACCACUUCUCAGCUGAGCCGUUGUUGCUUCUAGACAUUUCCACUUCACAAUAACAGCACUUACAGUUGACCGGGGCAGCUCUAGCAGAGCAGAAAUUCAAUGAACUGACUUGUUGGAAAGGUGGCAUCCUAUGACGGUGCCACGUUGAAAAUUACUGAGCUCUUUAGUAAGGCCAUUCUACUGCCAGUGUUUGUCUAUGGAGAUUGCAUGGCUGUGUGCUCGAUUUUAUACACAUGUCAGCAACGAGUGUGGCUGAAAUAGCCAAAUCCACUAAUUUGAAGGGUUGUCCACAUACUGCUGUAUAUACAGUGUAUAUUGUGUCUGUUUAUCAGGGAAAUGGUACCAGUAAGGAGAUUAGAGGAGAUAAACUAUCCAGCGUCAAUGCUAAUAAGAUAGAUCUGAAGACAUUGUGGCAAUUAAUAUACAGUGAGGGGAAAAAAGUAUUUGAUCCCCUGCUGAUUUUGUACGUUUGCCAACUGACAAAGAAAUGAUCAGUCUAUGAUUUUAAUGGUAGGUUUAUUUGAACAGUGAGAGACAGAAUAAAUAAAUCAAAUUACAGAAAAACACAUGUCAAAAAUGUUAUAAAUUGAUUUGCAUUUUAAUGAGGGAAAUAUGUAUUUGACCCCCUUUCAAUCAGAAAGAUUUCUGUCUCCCAGGUGUCUUUUAUACAGGUAACGAUCUGAGAUUAGGAGCACACUCUUAAAGGGAGUGCUCCUAAUCUCAGUUUGUUACCUGUAUAAAAGACACCUGUCCACAGAAGCAAUCAAUCAAUCAGAUUCCAAACUCUCCACCAUGGCCAAGACCAAAGAGCUCUCCAAGGAUGGCAGGGACAAGAUUGUAGACCUACACAAGGCUGGAAUGGGCUACAAGACCAUCGCCAAGCAGCUUGGUGAGAAGGUGACAACAGUUGGUGCGAUUAUUCGCAAAUGGAAGAAACAGAAAAGAACUGUCAAUCUCCCUCGGCCUGGGGCUCCAUGCAAGAUCUCACCUCGUGGAGUUGGAAUGAUCAUGAGAACGGUGAGGAAUCAGCCCAGAACUACACGGGAGGAUCUUGUCAAUGAUCUCAAGGCAGCUGGGACCAUAGUCACCAAGAAAACAAUUGGUAACACACUACGCCGUGAAGGACUGAAAUCCUGCAGCGCCCGCAAGGUCCCCCUGCUUAAGAAAGCACAUAUACAGGGCCGUCUGAAGUUUGCCAAUGAACAUCUGAAUGAUUCAGAGGAGAACUGGGUGAAAGUGUUGUGGUCAGAUGAGACCAAAAUGGAGCUCUUUGGCAUCAACUCAACUCGCCGUGUUUGGAGGAGGAGGAAUGCUGCCUAUGACCCCAAGAACACCAUCCCCACCAUCAAACAUGGAGGUGGAAACAUUAUGCUUUGGGGGUGUUUUUCUGCUAAAGGGACAGGACAACUUCACCGCAUCAAAGGGACGAUGGACGGGGCCAUGUACCGUCAAACCUUGGGUGAGAACCUCCUUCCCUCAGCCAGGGCAUUGAAAAUGGGUUGUGGAUGGGUAUUCCAGCAUGACAAUGACCCAAAAAACACGACCAAGGCAACAAAGGAGUGGCUCAAGAAGCAGCACAUUAAGGUCCUGGAGUGGCCUAGCCAGUCUCCAGACCUUAAUCCCAUAGAAAAUAUGUGGAGUGAGCUGAAGGUUCGAGUUGCCAAACGUCAGCCUCGAAACCUUAAUGACUUGGAGAAGAUCUGCAAAGAGGAGUGGAACAAAAUCCCUCCUGAGAUGUGUGCAAACCUGGUGGCCAACUACAAGAAACGUCUGACCUCUGUGAUUGCCAACAAGGGUUUUGCCACCAAGUACUAAGUCAUGUUUUGCAGAGGGGUCAAAUACUUAUUUCCCUCAUUAAAAUGCAAAUCAAUUUAUAACAUUUUUGACAUGUGUUUUUCUGUUUUUCUUGUUGUUAUUCUGUCUCUCACUGUUCAAAUAAACCUACCAAUAAAAUUAUAGACUAAUCAUGUCUUUGUCAGUGGGCAAACAUACAAAAUCAGCAGGGGAUCAAAUACUUUUUUUGCUCACUGUAUGCCAUUUAGCAGACACUUCUAUCCAAAGCGACUUAGUCAUGCGUACAUACAUUUUAUUACUAUUGGUGAGGUUGGUGCAUUGUUGUCCUGGGUGGUCCCUGCGUGGUCCAUGGGUGGUCCCUGGAAAUAAAAAUCCAGACUGACAGAGCUCUCUGCUCUGUGCCACUCUGAACUUGGACUCAUUCUUUGCUGUUUUGUUGAUGUUUUUCAUUCCUGAGACCUGAUGAACAGUGUUUGUUUGUUUCUUAUCGAGCUCCAUAGUGUCUGGCGACCACACUCCAGAGGAAUCAGAUCUCAAUCAUUAUUUACUGAGUUCAACUGUUCAUUUAUUAUUUUCUACAGAAUUAGCCAGCUGAAGACUAGAGGAGACUAGAGAAGGCAAAAAGAGAGAGACCAGGAUGUGAAAUACUGAUUAUAAACGCCUGCAGCCACUACUGAUACAGUGAUGCAUCAUAAAGUGACUCUGAAGUUGAGAUGAGAGUUGGGGAGUUAGACUCUGACUCUAAAUAGAGGGGAGUCAUUCCUCUAGGGGAGUUAGACUCUGACUCUAAAUAGAGGGGAGUCAUUCCUCUAGGGGAGUUAGACUGACUCUAAAGAGAGGGGAGUCAUUCCUCUAGGGGAGUUAGACUCUGACUCUAAAGAGAGGGGAGUCAUUCCUCUAGGGGAGUUAGACUCUGACUCUAAAGAGAGGGGAGUCAUUCCUCUAGGGGAGUUAGACUCUGACUCUAAAUAGAGGGGAGUCAUUCCUCUAGGGGAGUUGGACUGACUCUAAAGAGAGGGGAGUCAUUCCUCUAGGGGAGUUGGACUGACUCUAAAUAGAGGGGAGUCAUUCCUCUAAGGGAGUCUGACUGACUCUAAAUAGAGGGGAGUCAUUCCUCUAGGGGGGAGUUGGACUGACUCUAAAUAGAGAAGAGUCAUUCCUCUAAGGGAGUUGGACUGACUCUAAAUAUACGGGAGUCAUUCCUCUAGGGGAGUUGGACUGACUCUAAAUAGAGAAGAGUCAUUCCUCUAGGGGAAUUGGACUGACUCUAAUAGAGGGGAGUCAUUCCUCUAGGGGAAUUGGACUGACUCUAAUAGAGGGGAGUCAUUCCUCUAGGGGAGUUAGACUCUGACUCUAAAUAGAGGGGAGUCAUUCCUCUAGGGGAGUUGGACUGACUCUAAAUAGAGGGGAGUCAUUCCUCUAAGGGAGUCUGACUGACUCUAAAUAGAGGGGAGUCAUUCCUCUAGGGGGGAGUUGGACUGACUCUAAAUAGAGAAGAGUCAUUCCUCUAAGGGAGUUGGACUGACUCUAAAUAUACGGGAGUCAUUCCUCUAGGGGAGUUGGACUGACUCUAAAUAGAGAAGAGUCAUUCCUCUAGGGGAAUUGGACUGACUCUAAUAGAGGGGAGUCAUUCCUCUAGGGGAAUUGGACUGACUCUAAUAGAGGGGAGUCAUUCCUCUAGGGGAGUUGGACUGACUCUAAAUAGAGGGGAGUCAUUCCUCUAAGGGGGAGUUGGACUGACUCUAAAUAGAGGGGAGUCAUUCCUCUAAGGGGGAGUUGGACUGACUCUAAUAGAGGGGAGUCAUUCCUCCAAGGGGGAGUUGGACUGACUCUAAAUAGAGGGGAGUCAUUCCUCUAGGGGAAUUGGACUGACUCUAAUAGAGGGGAGUCAUUCCUCUAGGGGAAUUGGACUGACUCUAAUAGAGGGGAGUCAUUCCUCUAGGGGAGUUGGACUGACUCUAAAUAGAGGGGAGUCAUUCCUCUAGGGGAAUUGGACUGACUCUAAAUAGAGGGGAGUCAUUCCUCUAAGGGAGUUGGACUGACUCUAAAUAGAGGGGAGUCAUUUCUCUAGGGGAGUUGGACUGACUCUAAAUAGAGGGGAGUCAUUCCUCUAGGGGAGUUGGACUGACUCUAAAUAGAGGGGAGUCAUUCCUCUAGGGGAGUUGGACUGACUCUAAAUAGAGGGGAGUCAUUCCUCUAGGGGAGUUGGACUGACUCUAAAUAGAGGGGAGUCAUUCCUCUAAGGGAGUUGGACUGACUCUAAAUAGAGUGGAGUCAAUCCUCUAGGGGAGUUGGACUGACUCUAAAUAGAGGGGAGGCAUUCUUCUAAGGGGGAGUUGGACUGACUCUAAAUAGAGAAGAGUCAUUCUUCUAGGGGAGUCUGACUGACUCUAAAUAGAGGGGAGUCAUUCCUCUAAGGGGGAGUUGGACUGACUCUAAAUAGAGGGGAGUCAUUCCUCUAGGGGAGUUGGACUGACUCUAAAUAGAGGGGAGUCAUUCCUCUAGGGGAGUUGGACUGACUCUAAAUAGAGGGGAGUCAUUCCUCUAGGGGAGUUGGAUUGACUCUAAAUAGAGGGGAGUCAUUCCUCUAGGGGAGUUGGACUGACUCUAAAUAGAGGGGAGUCAUUCCUCUAGGGGAGUUGGACUGACUCUAAAUAGAGGGGAGUCAUUCCUCUAGGGGAGUUGGACUGACUCUAAAUAGAGGGGAGUCAUUCCUCUAAGGGGGAGUUGGACUGACUCUAAAUAGAGGGGAGUCAUUCCUCUAGGGGAGUUAGACUCUGACUCUAAAUAGACGGGUUUCAUUCCUCUAGGGGAGUUGGACUGACUCUAAAUAGAGAAGAGUCAUUCCUCUAGGGGAGUUGGACUGACUCUAAAUAGAGGGGAGUCAUUCCUCUAGGGGAGUUGGACUGACUCUAAAUAGAGGGGAGUCAUUCCUCUAGGGGAGUUGGACUGACUCUAAAUAGAGGGGAGUCAUUCCUCUAAGGGGGAGUUGGACUGACUCUAAAUAGAGGGGAGUCAUUCCUCUAGGGGAGUUAGACUCUGACUCUAAAUAGACAGGUUUCAUUCCUCUAGGGGAGUUGGACUGACUCUAAAUAGAGAAGAGUCAUUCCUCUAGGGGAGUUGUACUGACUCUAAAUAGAGGGGAGUCAUUCCUCUAAGGGGGAGUUGGACUGACUCUAAAUAGAGGGGAGUCAUUCCUCUAGGGGAGUUGGACUGACUCUAAAUAGAGGGGAGUCAUUCCUCUAAGGGGGAGUUGGACUGACUCUAAAUAGAGGGGAGUCAUUCCUCUAAGGGAGUUGGACUGACUCUAAAUAGAGGGGAGUCAUUCCUCUAAGGGAGUUGGACUGACUCUAAAUAGAGGGGAGUCAUUUCUCUAGGGGAGUUGGACUGACUCUAAAUAGAGGGGAGUCGUUUCUCUAGGGGAGUUGGACUGACUCUAAAUAGAGGGGAGUCAUUCCUCUAGGGGAGUUGUACUGACUCUAAAUAGAGGGGAGUCAUUCCUCUAAGGGAGUUGGACUGACUCUAAAUAGAGGGGAGUCAUUCCUCUAAGGGAGUUGGACUGACUCUAAAUAGAGAAGAGUCAUUCCUCUAGGGGAGUUGUACUGACUCUAAAUAGAGGGGAGUCAUUCCUCUAAGGGGGAGUUGGACUGACUCUAAAUAGAGGGGAGUCAUUCCUCUAGGGGAGUUGGACUGACUCUAAAUAGAGGGGAGUCAUUCCUCUAAGGGGGAGUUGGACUGACUCUAAAUAGAGGGGAGUCAUUCCUCUAAGGGAGUUGGACUGACUCUAAAUAGAGGGGAGUCAUUCCUCUAAGGGAGUUGGACUGACUCUAAAUAGAGGGGAGUCAUUCCUCUAGGGGAGUUGGACUGACUCUAAAUAGAGGGGAGUCAUUCCUCUAGGGGAGUUGGACUGACUCUAAAUAGAGGGGAAUCAUUCCUCUAGGGGAGUUGGACUGACUCUAAAUACAGGGGAGUCAUUCCUCUAAGGGGGAGUUGGACUGACUCUAAAUAGAGGGGAGUCAUUCCUCUAAGGGGGAGUUGGACUGACUCUAAAUAGAGGGGAGUCAUUCCUCUAGGGGAGUUGGACUGACUCUAAAUAGAGGGGAGUCAUUCCUCUAAGGGAGUUGGACUGACUCUAAAUAGAGGGGAGUCAUUUCUUUAGGGGAGUUGGACUGACUCUAAAUAGAGGGGAGUCAUUCCUCUAGGGGAGUUGGACUGACUCUAAAUAGAGGGGAGUCAUUCCUCUAGGGGAGUUGGACUGACUCUAAAUAGAGGGGAGUCAUUCCUCUAGGGGAGUUGGAUUGACUCUAAAUAGAGGGGAGUCAUUCCUCUAGGGGAGUUUGACUGACUCUAAAUAGAGGGGAGUCAUUCCUCUAGGGGAGUUUGAUUGACUCUAAAUAGAUGGGAGUCAUUCCUCUAGGGGAGUUGGACUGACUCUAAAUAGAGGGGAGUCAUUCCUCUAGGGGAGUUGGACUGACUCUAAAUAGAGGGGAGUCAUUCCUCUAAGGGGCAGUUGGACUGACUCUAAAUAGAGGGGAGUCAUUCCUCUAAGGGAAUUGGAUUGACUCUAAAUAGAGGGGAGUCAUUCCUCUAAGGGAGUUGGACUGACUCUAAAUAGAGGGGAGACAUUUCUCUAUGGGAGUUGGACUGACUCUAAAUAGAGGGGAGUCAUUCCUCUAGGGGAGUUGGACUGACUCUAAAUAGAGGGGAGUCAUUCCUCUAGGGGAGUUGGACUGACUCUAAAUAGAGGGGAGUCAUUCCUCUAGUGGAGUUGGACUGACUCUAAAUACAGGGGAGUCAUUCCUCUAAGGGGGAGUUGGACUGACUCUAAAUAGAGGGGAGUCAUUCCUCUAAGGGGGAGUUGGACUGACUCUAAAUAGAGGGGAGUCAUUCCUCUAGGGGAGUUGGACUGACUCUAAAUAGAGGGGAGUCAUUCCUCUAAGGGAGUUGGACUGACUCUAAAUAGAGGGGAGUCGUUUCUCUAGGGGAGUUGGACUGACUCUAAAUAGAGGGGAGUCAUUCCUCUAGGGGAGUUGGACUGACUCUAAAUAGAGGGGAGUCAUUCCUCUAGGGGAGUUGGACUGACUCUAAAUAGAGGGGAGUCAUUCCUCUAGGGGAAUUGGACUGACUCUAAAUAGAGGGGAGUCAUUCCUCUAGGGGAGUUGGAUUGACUCUAAAUAGAGGGGAGUCAUUCCUCUAGGGGAGUUGGACUGACUCUAAAUAGAGGGGAGUCAUUCCUCUAAGGGGCAGUUGGACUGACUCUAAAUAGAGGGGAGUCAUUCCUCUAGGGGAGUUGGACUGACUCUAAAUAGAGGGGAGUCAUUCCUCUAGGGGAAUUGGACUGACUCUAAAUAGAGGGGAGUCAUUCCUCUAGGGGAGUUGGACUGACUUAUUGUUGAUGUUGGUUUCUGAAUGGUUUUAUUGAUGCUGUUGGUUUCUGAAUGGUGUUGUUGGUGCUGUUGGUUUCUGAAUGGUGUUAUUGGUGCUGUUGGGUUCUGAAUGGUGCUGUUGGGUUCUGUAUGGUGUUAUUGGUGCUGUUGGGUUCUGUAUGGUGUUGUGGGUGCUAUUGGGUUCUGAAUGGUGUUAUUUGUUCUGUUGGGUUCUGCAUGGUGUUGUUGGGUUCUGUAUGGUGUUAUUGGUGCUGUUUGGUUCUGUAUGGUGUUGUUGGUGCUGUUGGGUUCUGUAUGGUGUUAUUGGUGCUGUUGGGUUCUGUAUGGUUUUGUUGGUGCUGUUGGGUUCUGAAUGGUGUUAUUGGUGCUGUUGGGUUCUUUAUGGUGUUAUUGGUGCUGUUGGGUUCUGAAUGGUGUUAUUGGUGCUGUUGGGUUCUGAAUGGUGUUGUUGGUGCUGUUGUGUUCUGUAUGGUGUUAUUGGUGCUGUUGGGUUCUUUAUGGUGUUAUUGGUGCUGUUGGGUUCUGAAUGGUGUUAUUGGUGCUGUUGGGUUCUGAAUGGUGUUGUUGGUGCUGUUGUGUUCUGUAUGGUGUUAUUGGUGCUGUUGGGUUCUGUAUGGUGUUGUUGGUGCUGUUGGGUUCUGAAUGGUGUUGUUGGUGCUGUUGGGUUCGGAAUGGUGUUGUUGGAUUCUGUAUGGUGUUGUUGGGUUCUGAAUGGUGCUGUUGGUGCUUUUGGGUUCUGAAUGGUUCUGUUGGUCAUGUCUUCUUCUUCCUCUUCUUCUUCCAGUUUCGCACAUUUGACCCGUGUAAGCAGCUGUGGUGCAGUCACCCUGACAACCCAUACUUCUGCAAGACCAAGAAAGGCCCUCCCCUGGACGGGACUGAGUGUGCUCCUGGGAAGGUGAGAACUCCUCCUAAACGAUGCAUGACUAUGGAACCAUUAGCUCAGCUUGUUGUUGUGUCUGUCUGACUGUCCUCUGGUUCCUCUAUAGUGGUGCUAUAAAGGUCACUGCAUGUGGAAGAAUGCCAACCAGGUGACGCAGGAUGGCUCCUGGGGCUCCUGGACUAAAUAUGGUUCCUGUUCCCGCUCC